AUUUGUGACUACGUGAAAAAUCAAGAUUGGGAAGUAGAUCAACCUAACCCUGACGCUAUGGGGCCAAUUGCGUUCAAAGAAGACCAAUGGGUAGGAUAUGACGAUGAGAGUAUAGUUAGGAAAAAAGCUGAGUACGUUGCAGAAAACGGUUUGGGAGGGAUUAUGUUUUGGGCUAUAGACAACGACGAUUUUCGAGGAACGUGUCAUGGAAAACCGUAUCCCCUGAUUGAAGCCGGAAAAGAAGCUUUGCUGAAUGCGUACGGUAUCACAGAGGAUAACCUGAUAGAACCACCAUCGAAAUCAAAGCCGUCAAAAACUAGGACAAGAGCAAAAUCUAAACUAGCAAGUAGAAAAAGUCAACCAGAGAAUGAAAACGUAGUUGAAAAACCAUCUACUGGAAACAGAAGAAGAAACAGGAUAACGUCAAAUGCAGCUAAAGAAGAAACUACUGAAAAGACUGUGGAUGAUUCUAAAAGCAGAAGAAAAAUACGAAGGAAAAAUUCUCGAGAACGUGAAGAGACCUCUAGUUACAGUAGUCUAAAAGUAGUUACGCCUAGCUAUACUACCCCUGCUCCCCCAUCAACACCAGAUUUGAAUGGAGCUUUCAAAUGUGAAGAUGAAGGUUUUUUCCCACAUCCAAUGGAUUGCAAAAAAUAUUUCUGGUGCCUAAGCGGUGCAGGGGACUCUGGAAUUGUUGCACAUCAAUUUACAUGUCCAGCAGGCUUGUACUUCAAUAAAGCCGCUGAUUCAUGUGACUACUCGCAAAAUGUUCUAUGCAACAAGAAAUUGCAGAAAGCCAGCAAGUCAACCACAUCUACUACUUCAACAACGCCGACUCCGACUAUAGUAUCCACUUCAAGGGUACCACCCAAAAUCACUGCGGCAACUAGCAGAACUACAUUCAGGCAGACUACAACUACAGAAGCAUUCGAUGAG